AUGCCCUUCUUAUCCUACAGGCACGCCGUCCAGCUGCGACAUGAACUCAAGGAUACACGUGCUACGGUCGUUACCCCCGAUCAGGAAAAUUUCCCUGAGCUUAUCGGCCGGUGGAGCGAUACCUGCGAGAAAGAAGCUGGCGCGAUCGUGAUGGUCACCUCGUCCCACGAGGUCGCGCUAGUUGUUGCCUUCGCGAGCCGCCACUCCAUCCCUAUUGUGGUCCAGGGCGGCGGCUACAGCACAAGCGGUGCGUCCUCAACCCACGGGGGAAUCGUCAUCAACCUAUCCGCGAUGCACAAUGUCUUGGUCGAUCCAGCAUCGGCAACGAUAGCUGUCCAGGGAGGUGCAACCUGGGAAGAGGUCGACCAGGCGGCCGAGCGCGAGGGGCUAGCCGUUGUCGGCUGCACAACGAGCGCUGCGGGGGUCGGAGGCACGACGCUGGGCGGCGGCUUCGGCUGGCUCACCGGGCGCCACGGUCUGGUCAUUGACAACCUAGUCAGUGUUAAGAUGGUGCUGGCUGACGGCCGCGUCGUGACUGCAUCCGUGGGCGAGCAUCCGGACCUCUUCUGGGCGGUACGGGGCGCCGGCCAGAGUUUUGGUGUGGCCACUGAGUUCGUCCUGCUCGCGCACCGCCAACGCUCACCCAUCUUCGGCGGCCUGCUUUACUUUCCCGCUGACCGGCUGCCUGCCGUGAUCGAGUUUGCGAACCAGUUCGAUGAGCGGGCAACGGGCGACGAGGGUUUAUUUUUCGGUUUCACCACGCGGCCGCCCGACCUGCUGUCAACGGUAAUUGUCGCUUUGGUGUUUUACAACGGUCCGCGUGUCGCUGCCGAGGCCUUCUUUGCGCCACUGCUGGCCCUGGGCCCGAUCCAGAACGAGACGUGCGAGAUGCCCUACCCGAGGAUGAACACCAUUAUUGGGCCGCUGGCCGCCCGCGGGGCCCGCAAGCGCCUGAGCGGCACAACGGUCAGGCUGCCACUCGAUCCCCAGAUGGUGCAUGAGGUCUACGAAGAUUUUGACCGGAUCAUGCGAUCCUACCCACGCGUCGAAGGCAGCGUGGUGGUCUUUGAGUUGCUGCCGUACGCGCGCGUCUGCCAAGUGCCAUUCGACGCGACGGCGUAUGCCAACCGGGGUCCAUACCAUAACGUGGCGACCAUCCUCCGUUGGCAUGACCCGGAACUGGACGCCAAGAUGGCAAACCUGGAGCGGGCACUGCUGCGCAAGAUCCGAGAGCGCACCGGAGUCGCCAGCAUCGCAGGACACGGGGUGGGCAUCUAUGCUAACUACGCUGGACACGAAGCAAAUGCCCACGAACUGUUUGGAGACAAUCUGCCGCGCCUACAGAAGCUGAAGAAGCAGUACGAUCCGAAGAACAUGUUUCAAAAGUGGCACAACCUCCUCACUUCCACGAGCCCACGGUGAUCUGUUGAUCUGUUCUGUGACGCUUUAUUCCUGGUCCUUUUCCUGGAGACUAUAGGUAGCCUGUUCUCCCGUAGAACCAUUGUCCCCUUACGCACAUCGCCUGUUAUAUGGGAGGGUCAAGUAUCUUAGUACACACCUUGACCUAAUUGUGGAGAUGUGUGAGGAUCACCCUUGUUUUGUCUCCGGCUUCGACAACUCGAUCCUGCAACGAUAAAAAUUAGCUCACGGGUUGCACAUAGGACCAGUUACCUGGGAGAGGAUCGGUCUGUCUGGUGACGGGGAAUUUGUCCAUCGCGCGAGCUCGAUGGCGAAGUAGCCAAGGUUUGGAAGGGUAUUUGAUCGGUUGAGAAAAUAAAGAGUGAUUGCAGUUGUUGCGAUUUUUUCACAAAUAUAAGGUGGAGCAAAGCGGCAAUUGAGAGAAGGAAGGUUACAAAGAUAAUACAAAGG